AUGGGUUGGCAACAAAAGGCUAUGAACCUCCUGAAUUCUAGCUUUCUGAAACAGCCUUUCCACAUUCUCACAGUAACCCUUCUAAGCUUAUUGCUUCCCCUCUCUUUUCUCCUCCUAUCUAGGAUUUCUUGUGCCAAUUUCUACUAUCUCCUAACCUUGAGUACUACUAAUAGUUCUCCUCCUUUAGAGUCCUCUACAAACUUAUGUGAUUUCUGCUCCUCUCUAUUCCUAUACUCAACUCCUUUUCUUCUCUACAUCCUUGUGUCUAUUGUCAGCAUUGCAGCCCUUAUCCACGCUCUAACAGGUAAAGUUACCAUUAUAGUGGAGCCUCCAUCUCCCAUUUUCCGUCCCCGUUUGUACGCUGCAUGGAUUUUCCUAUGCACAUUACAAGUCUGCGUCGGUUUGGGAAUUGAGGAGAGCAUAGCUACAGGGAUAGAUGGCUCGAGUCUCAGAAGUCUUGACAAAUGUAAUUUGUUGAGCAGAGUGGUGUUUUUCUUUGGGUUGCAUGAAACCAUGCUCCAUUGGUGUAGAGUUGUGGUGAAGCCUGUGGUGGAUGACACAGUUUUUGGGGGUGCUAGGGAGGAGAUGUGGGUGGAGAGGGGGGUGAUGGCGGCGAGCUUUGGUUGGUUGUGGUGGUGGAGGUUGAGGGAUGAGAUUGAGUCUUUGGUGGUUGUGACCAUGGCUAAGAAAGAGUUGUCAAUGAAUAUAGGGGUGACUGACUUUGUUGGUUGGUGGUUGUAUUAUGUCACUGUGACUAUUGGAAUGGUUAGAGUUGUGAAGGGUUUCAUCUGGCUGGCUGUGGUUUCAUGUAGAAGGAGAAGAGGUCGAAACAAUGUUACUACUCACAGUUUUGGUGAUCCUGAAGACAAAGUCUGA